AAUGAGUGCCUGUAUUUAUUGCUGUCUGUUUUAAUUGAUAGCAUGUAUCAUCUAUCCACUGAGAUCAACUUAUCAGGCUUAUAAAUUAUAAGAGAAACUAUAAAUUUGGGUUGUUUAUUGGAUUCUAAUGAGCUCAAUAUAUUUAUUAGAAGAAAUAUCAUUUGGAGUAUUUUUCAUGUAUUUAUUGUAUCUAUUCCAAUAGGAUUCCAGGAUACUCAUUAUUUAAGACUCUAUAUGCUGUCUGGCUUUAUCAUGAAAAAACUUAAGGAGCUUUGCUUGUUGGCACACUUCUGAAACCACUUUUUAACAAAAUAAAAUGUAUCAUGGCUCCAUUUUAAGAGAAAUUAGAAAUUCUUGAAAAAGUCAAAUGAA